AUGACUGGUCGUGGUAAAGGAGGCAAAGGCUUGAGAAAAGGUGGCGCCAAACGUCAUCGCAAAAAGCUGCGUGAUAACAGCCAGGGUAUCAUGAAGCCAGCUAUCCGCCGUUUGGCUCGUCGUGGCGGUGUGAAGCGCAUCUCUGGACUCAUUUACGAGGAAACACGUGGUGUUCUGAAGGUGUUCCUGGACUAUGUAAUCCGUGAUGCCAUCACCUACACAGAACACGCAAAGAGAAAGACUGUCACAGCCAUGGAUGUUGUGUACGCCCUGAAGAGGCAAGGCCGCACCCUGUAUGUUUAA